CUUUCCAGUUAACAUGAAAAAUAAGUUGUGGAGACAAAGCAGACAAGGAUCUUUCAUCAAGCACUAACAAUGGCACAACAAAACCAAUUACUUUUCAAUCUGGGUAUUCCGUGCAACCCCCAGAACAUGGUUACCAAGUUCCACAAUCCAGGCCCGGUUAUCAUUGAGCGUCUUGCUGGAAGCAAACAGACAAAGCCAGAAGUUACUGGUGAACGCUCAGAGCAACCAGUCGUGUUCAAUGUUAUCUCCAAAGAAAAGAUAGCUUUCGCUAUGCAGCUUGCAAGACGGGAUAUGAAGAACAAGAUACAAGAGCAGAAACAACACCACAGGCAGCAGGUUCAAGAGAAAGGAGAAUUGGCAAAGCCACGAAAGAAUUUAGGUAAAAAGAAGAAGGAAGUUGAGAAAACCAGUAAAUCGCAACACAGACCACACGACCGCCUCUCCAAGAAGUCAAAUACCAAUGCUCAUAAGAAGUCAAAUAACGAUGCCCAGAAGAAGUCGCUGAAAACACAAACACCUUCAAAUGGGCUUCCUGGACUUGUUCUGUUAUCACACGAUCAGCCAUGUAAUAUUGAAAGAGAGGCAAAACGGGGUUUGACCAAGGAAGAUUCUCUGUCGAAACCAAAUUCAACCCUCAGGAAUAUCAACUUGCAGCAGAAGCAAGAGAUUGCAAGACUAAAAAGGGAACUUCAAACUUACAUGGAUCAGAUGAACACAUCAAAACGUACUGAAUCUGUAGAUGUGAAAAGCUCUCCAGAUAGAACAGCAAUGUUAAGAGCGGGAUUAGAGUCUCUUAUGAGAGCUAAACCAAAUCGUGUUGAAAGGCCUGAGGUCAGGAAAUCAAGACAACAGAGGAAGGAAAGAAAACAUAUUCAAAGUAGCAGUGUUAUCCUUCCAAUGUCUGUUAGAGCAAGGCAUCAUAACAAGGAGUUACAUGAACCAGUAGAAGGGUCCAUGCACUUCACUAAGCCCACCAAGUCAUCAACCUCCAAGGCCAUACCUGCAGGAGAUGUGGUUAGAAGGGAAAGGUCAAGGACUUUAUCGAAAGGAGAGGUUAAACCAUCAUGGGCACCGCCGGGAUCCCCUCAAAGCUUUCAUAGAGUUCGCUUAUCAAAGCAUGUUAGGGCUCCCUCACAUGGUGAUAGUGAUUUACAUGUAGCUUCCAACGUGGAGUCUCAAGAAGGUAGAGAAAGGACCAUUGAUUAUGAAGAGAGAAGGUUACAACAAGAACAGGAAUAUCACAGUGAUUCUUCAGGUGACAGAGAUGAGGAAAUGAGGAUGAGGCUUUCCAAGCAUGUUAGGGCUCCCUCACAUGGCACUAGUGAUUUAGUUUACUCCAAGGAAUCUCUGGGUGAUAAAUCAUGCAGGACAAGAAUCAGUGAUAUCGGAGAACAUGUGUCACAGCACAAAGAGGAAUAUCAUAGCCAUUCCGCAGGACACAGGGGUGAGGAAAAUGCUGGUGCAAGGCUAACCCAAGAAGGGAGUGCAUCUCAUGCCUAUAAAUCAAGUGCUGAGAGUGAAGCCAGUGGAAAUAGUUCAAGGAUGAAAUCUUUUAAACCGCGAAGUACCCAAGACUCAUGCUUUCCACCUUCUAUAGAAUCCGCAACUCAACAUACGGAUAUGAAGGACAAAGUCUUGACGCUCUUAGUAGAUGAUGUCUUAGAAGAUGUAGUGCAGGAGUUUGAGAGGCUAAAUCAUGAUACAAUGUUACCAGGACAGAACCAGAUCGCAGACAGUACCCCAACAUUUGAGAAUCUCAUGCAAGAACUAGAAUACAUGGAGAUGGAAGAAGAAAGAAUACGACAACGGUGGAAGCAAGUGAAGUACCAUGACCCUCAAGUUUCAAAGUCAAAUGAAGGUCAUGAGUCCAGGGUAAAUGAAAUUAAUACGAUGGGAUCCCUACUUGAUGAUGCCCAGCGAAUGGAAAGGUUGAAUAGUGCCCCUCUGCAACACAGUAUCGUAUUCACCAAUACUCAACACUCUGGCAACCAGAAUAGAAGUAAUGGCUUUGAUCGUCUGUCUGAGUUGCACAACCCUGUCCAUGAAGAGGAAUUGAGGAUUGUACAGCCAUCCAACGAUUCUAUCCAUCUAGAAACAGCUGGGCAACCUAUCAAUGUUAACUCUAUCCCGAAUGACCAGGAAACAGAGCAACCCUCGGAAAGGAUUCAUGGUAGCCGUAGGGAAGGUGAUGGUAUCCCAUUAUCAGCCCCAGGCAGCAUGGUGACAGGGGUGCAUGAGGGUAGAGAGGCAUUUGAAACCCAUCUAAAGCUCACCUCCCAUUUCAAUUAUGGCACGUUUGAUCCAUGGAAGCUAGUUGAAAAGAUUGCAGAUGACCUGGUAGAAGACAUCAUUCUUGAUAUCACUAAUGAAGUCAGUGAUGUUAUUGGUAACUAUGUUGAAACCAUCUACGCAACAGAGUUUGAAAUGAAGACGGAAGAUGUAUCUAUGAAAGAAAAGGCGCGCAAAGCUCUCUUCACAUAGUGUAGCCCUCUGCCUCCUCAACAGAACUAAACAUUGGUCUUCUGGACAAAUGCUCUUUGAUAGUAUCUCUGGACCCAUCAUCAUUUGAAAAGGGAACACAUCAGCAAGCUUACUACUCUUCAGUAUCUGUGGGUAAAUUGCUGAUUGGUCUGCACCUGUUUGGUCUCUUCCCGCAUGAUCUAAUCCUUCUUCGUCUUCAACCAGUUCAUGUAAAUGUGCUAACCAUUUGGUCUAAUUGCCAUUAAGCCCUUCCCAUCUUGUUUAAUUUCAUUUAUGCUCUACAUAUUGGGUCAGAUGCAUAAAAAGUAGAAAUUGCUUUUGCUAGGAUUUUGCUAGUUAGCUCAAGCAAUUGCUGUCUGGUAGGAUUUGCUUGACGAUUAAGCUAUUGCCAAAAAAGUGUAUGCAUAAAGCAAACAUUUUACUUGUGCGUUUAACCAUUUGCUUGGGUUUUUUCAAGCUCCGUCAGAGCAGCUUGAGAUAUUUGCUUGAUUAGAGCUUUCACAUUUUUAUUUUCAAGUUUAUGCACGUGAGAGAGAACCCCAAGGUGUACUUGAAUAUGUAAAAUGAAUGAAAACUAUAUAAAUUUAUUAAUUAGAAACAAGUUAAAGGAAUACUUUGACACCAAGUAAAGUCAAAGAUGUUACAAAGAGAAGCUGUAUUUUUGCACUGUCACACCUUUGCACUUAAGUCCAGCACUUGUUCUGUGAGUCAUGUUAGUGACGUUGCUAUUGUUCAAACCACUAGCAAUUGCUUUAUGAAGGUAAGAACAGGUUUUCAGCAUAAGCUAGUUGUUAUGCAUACAAAAUAAAGCAGUUGCUGAGGCAUGAUCUUUUGCUUGGCUAGCAUUUGCAUGUGCUUGAAGCAAUUGCUACUUUUUAUGCAUCUGACCCAAUUUGUCCUAUAUCCACUUUGUCUAACACCUCUCUCAUGUAACGGUUAGAUAAAUAGGUAAUGAACCAAUUUUCAUUUGACAGUGUAAAAAGUGAUAAGUAGACAAAAUGGAAAUUACUCCAACUGGGUAAUAGACAAAAUAACAGUUAGGUAGACUAGAUGUGUAUUAGACCGAGUACAGUGUAAAAGCAAAUGACAAUUUGCCCAUUCAGCCCAUGUGGUGACAGAGAUAGAGAAUCUAUGUCAAUUGUAGAAGAAAGCAUGAACUUUGGGGUGGAUUUCAUUAUAGCAUCCAAAGAUGAUGCAUUCGUCUCUCAGGUGGGUGUUUCAUAAAGCUGUUCGUAAGUUAAGUACGACUGGUGAUUCUUUCUUGUGGUCAACGAUAUUCAU